AUGUUUUCAUGUUGGACAUUUUGGUUGGAGAACGUAGGAGACAUGUCGACUGGUUCGAAACAGUAUGGAGUGACGCCUCCUAUUUCGACGGCGCUUGCGACGCCGGCUGAGAGGACGCUGAAUGAGCAGCUGAUUGCCGAGUUGAAGGCGCAGGGCUCGUUUGAGUCGGAGGAGGAGACGAAGAAGCGGGUGCAGGUGCUGGCUUUGUUGCAAGAGCUGACUCAGGAGUUUGUGCGGAUCGUCAGUUUGCGAAAGAAUAUGUCAGAGGGUAUGGCCCGUGAUGCAGGCGGCAAGAUUUUUACUUAUGGUUCGUACCGUUUGGGUGUAUAUGGACCAGGGUCCGAUAUUGAUACGCUGGUAGUGGUCCCGAAACACGUAUCGCGAGACGACUUUUUCAAGGUGUUUGACGAAUUAUUAAGAAAACGACCGGAAUUAGAGGAGAUUGCGUCUGUUCCCGAUGCGUUUGUACCGAUUAUUAAACUGAAAUUGUCGGGGAUCUCGAUCGAUUUGAUCUGUGCCCGGCUGGAUAUUCCUCAAGUGCCUUUGAAUUUGACCCUCGAGGAUAAGAGUUUGCUCAAGAAUAUCGAUGAAAAAGACCUUCGUGCGUUAAACGGUACACGAGUCACUGACGAAAUUCUUCGUUUGGUGCCUCAACCUGUAGUGUUUAAACACGCUCUUCGGGCAAUUAAACUGUGGGCUCAACGACGGGCUAUCUACGCCAAUGUCUUUGGUUUCCCUGGUGGUGUAGCAUGGGCCAUGUUAGUAGCCCGGAUUUGUCAGUUGUAUCCCAAUGCUGUUUCAGCCACUAUUGUAGGCAAGUUUUUCAAUAUUCUGACUAAAUGGAACUGGCCACAACCGGUGCUUCUGAAGCCUAUUGAAGAUGGUCCUUUACAGGUGAGAGUAUGGAAUCCCAGGGUGUAUCCUCAAGAUAAGGGCCAUCGAAUGCCAAUUAUCACACCAGCUUAUCCAUCGAUGUGUGCUACUCACAAUAUUACCGCAUCGACUCAGAAAAUUAUCAUGCAAGAGUUGACUCGAGGGGGUCUGACAGUUGACGAGAUUGUAGUUGGGAAGAAGAAGUGGAAGGAUUUCUUCACUCGACACACGUUUUUUCACCAGUAUAAAUACUACCUAUCGAUUGUGGCAGCCACGAAAGGCACUGAUGAAGACCACUUGAAAUGGUCUGGUUUAGUAGAGAGUAAAUUGCGACUGUUGGUGCAGAAGCUCGAGGUCCUGGAUACCAUUGAAAUCGCCCAUCCGUAUACAAAGACGUUUGAAAAGUCGCAUGUCUGUUCGACACAUGAAGAGGCCAUCAGAAUUGCCGAUGGAGAAAUCAUUCCCCCUGUUGCUGCCACUGCUACUACUACAGUUGCUGAUGGAGAGGCCAAGACAGAAGGUGAGGGUAAACCUGACGGAGAAGAUGCUACUAACAAGACCACUGUGCACACUACCACGCUGUAUAUCGGUCUGGAGAUCAAGCUCGACGGUGCCAAUAAACGACUCGACAUCCAAUGGCCGUGCCAGGAGUUUUUCGAGACGUGCAAGAACUGGACCCUCUACAACGAAGAAAUCAACAGUAUAUUUAUUAAGAACGUCAAGGGGUGA